UCAUAAAGCCUAGGCAGUUGUUUCCAAAUCAAAGAUCUUCUACUCCUACCUCCACUACUACUCACAUAUUUUCUCUCUAUAGCAUUGGCAUUAGGAUGAGGAGUCUAAUUUCAAGCGCGAGACUGGUGGUGGGCAGGGCGACAUGGUGUCAACAGCUGAAGCAGCCAAUGAUGCGCAGCUACAGCCUGAUCCCUAUGGUGAUAGAGCACUCGUCGCGAGGCGAACGCGCCUACGACAUCUUCUCCCGUCUCCUCAAGGAACGAAUUGUCUGCAUCAACGGACCCAUCUCCGACGACACAUCCCACGUCGUCGUCGCCCAGCUCCUAUACCUCGAGUCCGAAAACCCCUCCAAACCCAUCCACAUGUACCUCAACUCCCCCGGCGGCGCCGUCACCGCAGGUCUUGCAAUUUAUGAUACAAUGCAAUACAUCCGGUCUCCAAUCAAUACAAUUUGUUUGGGGCAAGCUGCUUCGAUGGCUUCUCUCCUUUUAGCUGCAGGAGCCAAGGGCGAGAGGCGGGCACUUCCCAAUGCCACAGUUAUGAUUCAUCAGCCUUCCGGUGAAUACAGUGGGCAGGCGAAGGAUCUGACAAUUCACACGAAGCAGAUUGUUCAGGUUUGGGAUUCUCUGAAUGCACUGUAUGUGAAGCACACAGGGCAGUCAUUGGAGGUAAUUCAGACGAACAUGGACAGGGAUCAUUUCAUGACACCGGGUGAGGCCAAGGAGUUUGGGAUUAUCGAUGAGGUUAUUGAUCAAAGACCGAUGGCUCUGGUGACUGAUGCUGUUGCUGGUAAUGAAGGGAAGGACAAAGGGUGACAAGAAAGAGAACGUGGACACUUAAGCUCCUCGUAUUCAAAUCUCUCGCGUCUUCUACUUUCAGGUAAGAGAUAUGUGAUAUGUGCGUUUGAUAAGUAUAAGAAUUGUUUAAAAAAUUUAUUAUGCAUCAAAACCUUUUAAUUAGACCUAUUACAUAUAAGCAUGAUUUAAGUAAAAAUAUAUGUUCAUGAAUUGUUGAAUCCCAUAUAUAUGAUAAUUCUAGCAUAUUGAUGCUAUUACUUAUAUUACGAACAUAAUAUUUAAGAAUGAAAUGGAUACGCUACUGUUAUGAAAUAUUUAUGUAAAAACAUAAUUAUCAGAAAAACAUAGUUUUCGGGUUAUUCCAUUGUUAUGAUCUGAACUCAGCCAGUAGGGGUUAUAGUACUAGCAUUUCCAUGGAAAUUUUGAUUGGCCAAUAUAAGUGGUGAAGACUCUGCUAUACCUGUCCUUGUGGAGGAUGCCAACCAACUCUCAUGGUUGAUUUGAUCUGAUUACACCAAAAGGGGUGUGAUACUUUCUGAUAUGAUCCUGAGAUUUCCUAGCAUUGUGGGGAAUGCUGGAUGCCUGACACAACGGGCUAGAAGCCUCCCAAAGUUAUAACAGACUUACAAUUGGACUAACUAAUGUAUUAUUAAUGAGCUAUUAAACUAUUUUGAAUUUAUAAGAAAAGUAUGAUGAUCAUUAUAAGUCUAAUGGAAAGUUUAUGAUAAGAUGUUUAUAGUCUACUUAAAAAUAAGGUUACUGAAUUAUGUUUAAGUUCCUUAUUAUGUCUUUUUAUUAUCAUAUGAAAGGAAAAUGAUGUAUUUUCAUCUGAAAGUUUAUAAGUUAUUUUAAGAAUAGUAUGAAUAUUAUUGAAGACUAUUUACCAAAGGUGGAAUAUCCAUAAAAUAUUUGAUUUACAUGCAUUCUUAUUAAAUGCUUAUGGAACUUAAAACCUUAUUGGGUUUUGUAGCUUACCCUAUUAUAUUUCAAUGCACAAGUUCUUUCCUGGAAGCAGCAAGAGUAUUAGAGGUGGCAAGGAAUCUAUGAUUCUCGUUUGUUAGAAUGUAUAGUUUUUUGUUGUAUAUUAGUUUAGCUCUUUUGUUGUAGUGGAGGAAUUAAGAUGUACUUGAUCAUUUUAAGUACAGAUGUAUUUCAGAACCUUAGUUUGUUUUGAAUCCCAGUUGUAUGUCUUUGGGGUUAGGUUUGUAAAUAAGAGUUUUGCUAAAUUUUUAGUUAUGUAAUAUUUACAUGAAUACCUUAAGUUUUA